UGUUUCAUCUCACAGAAAAGAGAACCAGGGAGGGGGGCAGGAGGCUGUUUUUAUAGCCGCGUUAGACGCACCCUCGGCUGGGAAGGCUGGGCUGAAGUGCCGCUGUGUGACGGAGGAUGCUGCGGGAGUAAAGCCUCUCAGAGAUGGGGAAGGACCAGGAGCUGCUGCAGGCGGUGAAGACCGAGGACCUGCUCACCGUGCAGAAGCUGCUGCAGAGGCCCCGGCCAGGGAAAGCAAAGCUCCUCGGUUCUGCAAAGAAAGUGAAUGUCAACUUCCAGGAUACUGACGGGUUUUCUCCAUUGCAUCAUGCGUCGCUCAAUGGGAACCUGGAGCUCAUCACGCUGCUGCUGGAGUCACAGGCUGCUGUCGACAUCAGAGACCAGAAAGGGAUGCGGCCGCUGCAUUAUGCCGCCUGGCAGGGGAAGGCGGAGCCCAUGAAGAUGCUGCUGAAGUCUGGCUCCUCUGUGAACGGCCAAUCAGACGAGGGACAGAUUCCACUGCACCUGGCGGCGCAGCACGGACACUACGACGUGUCGGAGAUGCUGCUGCAGCAUCAGUCCAACCCGUGCAUCGUGGACAACGCCGGGAAAACUCCUCUGGACCUGGCCUGUGAGUUCGGCAGAGUCGGGGUGGUGCAGUUGUUGCUCUCCAGUAACAUGUGUGCUGCUCUGCUGGAGCCCAAAAAAGGCGACACCACCGACCCCAACGGGACGUCUCCUCUCCACCUGGCCGCCAAGAACGGACACAUAGACAUCAUCAGACUUCUGAUCCAGGCCGGUAUCGACAUCAACCGGCAGACGAAGGCAGGAACGGCCCUGCACGAAGCAGCUCUCUGUGGGAAGACCGAGGCUGUGAGACUCCUGCUGGAAAGCGGGAUAAACGCUGCAGUCAGGAACACGUACAGCCAGACCGCUCUGGACAUCGUUUACCAGUUCACUGCAACACAGGCCAGCAGAGAGAUCAAGCAGCUGCUGAGAGAUGCUUCAGCGGCUCUUCAGGUUCGAGCUCUGAAGGAUUACUGCAACAACUACGACCUGACCAGCCUCAACAUCAAAGCAGGAGACGUCAUCACGGUUUUGGAGCAGCACCCUGACGGACGCUGGAAAGGUUGCAUCCAUGACAACCGAACAGGAAAUGACAGAGUGGGCUACUUCCCUUCCACCAUGGUGGAGGUCAUCAGCAAGCGCACAGGUUUGGCCAGCACAGUCAUUUGCACUCAACAGUUUCAAAAGAUACCGCUGGUUCCUCCGGCGACGGUUGCCCCUGCCAACGCGGUAGUCAACGGCAACGACACCACGUUCCAUCAGAUCCAUAUCCUGCCUCCACCGCCUCCUCCUCCACCACAUUCCCAUCAGCCACUGCUUCCACUUUUCACUUCCUUUGGCUAUAGCAAGUCGCCCGUGACAAGCCCACAGGGAGAAACCCCCACUGCCCCAGGUUGUCGCGGCUCAGAGGCAAGUCCUCACAGCUCCCCCACCACGUCCUGCGGGCCCCAUGGAGGCUCCAACGAAGAGAUCUGGGUUCUGCGCAAACCCGUGGCAGGUGGAGACCGCAGCAGUUUGGGCAGUUCUGGCAGUGUGACCAGUGUGCGGUCGUCGGGCAGCGGUCAGAGCGCCAGCAGCGCUCACGUCAUGCAUGCACAGGCCGAGGGGGUGAAGCUCCUCGCCACCGUGCUGUCGCAGUCGGCCAAAGCUAAGGAGCAUCUGAUGGAGCAGUCCAAGUCUGUGGACCAGCCUGCAGCAGUCUCAUCUCGGACACCGAGCCAACCGGGUUGUCCGCUCCACGAAGCGCCGCCUUACGACGCCACGGCAACCAGGAAGGGGGAGGGGCCAGGCGAGGGGAAGAGCUCAGAGGCCGUUGUCCAAUGGCUGAGCGACUUUCAGCUGCAGGUCUACGCUCCAAACUUCCUGUCCGCGGGCUAUGACUUGCCCACCAUUAGCCGAAUGACCCCGGAGGAUCUGACGGCUAUUGGAAUAACCAAACCAGGCCACAGAAAGAAGAUGACUUCAGAGAUUAACAAACUGAGUGUCAAUGAGUGGCUGCCUGAGCACAAGCCUGCCAACCUGGGAGAGUGGCUGUCUGCCAUCGGGCUGAGCCAGUACCACCAGGUGUUGGUGCAGAACGGAUACGAGAAUAUCGAGUUCAUCACUGACAUCACCUGGGAGGACCUGCAGGAAAUAGGCAUCAUCAAACUGGGCCACCAGAAGAAGCUGAUGCUGGCGGUGAAGCGUCUGGCUGAAUUGCAGCGCGGUUCAGAUGGUCGGGGGAAGAAGCCACCGCCAAUCACACAGCAGCAGGAAGUGAUGUCGAUAGACAGCCCGCCUCCAGACGAGCUCAUGUCUCCAAAGAUGAGCACCUUCCAGGACAGCGAGUUGAGCCCCGAGCUGCAGAACGCCAUCAUGACUCAGCCAGGGCAGGAAGUCAAAGCUCAGCGAACACGAAGCAAAGACCACGAGGAGGUUCUGACUGGAGGAGGAGGAGGAGGAGGAGGAGGAGGAGGAGGAGGAGGAGGAGGAGGUGUUGGACCACCACCGAAGAAGGAGGCUCGGACAAUGAGGCAGCAGAGCAGCCAGGGAAGUCGAGGCAGCGUCUCCUCUCAAGGCAAACACCGUCACUCCCACUCCCACUCCCAGCCUGCGCCUCCCUACACGCCUCCCCACACCCCCACCAAGACUAGGACCUCCUCUUCGUCCUCCUCCACCUCCUCCGUCCAGAGCACAGCUUCCCCGCAGACCAAACACAAGCCAACGCCUCAGUUAAUCCAGGGGGAGAGACCCCAGUCGCCUCGCUCAAACCCCCCUCAGUCUCCAACCCAACGGGGGCCUCCGUUAACCCACAUCCCCACCCAGCAACAACAGCAGCCUCAAAUCCAGAUGCAGAACCAGGCACACCCUCAGCACCCCCCACAGAGCCAGGGGAUGGAGGUAACAAAGCAAAGACCGCAGGUGCCGAUGCUCUGCCUCCCACCAGAGGCCGAGCUGGCUGAAGGAGAAGGACAAGAGCCAUCAGCGCUGCAGCAGAAUCGCCCCCACAGCCUCACCCGAUACGCCGUCUCUGAUGGGGAGUGUGACGACAAGACGGGAGGAGGUGGAGGACGGGAGGCAGAAAGAGAAGCCGAGGUGGUUGCAAAUCAAGCUCCUGCCCCCGUCUUCCGAGGAGAUGGAGUGAAGUAUGCCACAGUAACCCAUCGCGUCAGCCGCAGCCACUCGGUUCGCAACCAGGAGAAAACCCGCAACCACUCCCAGACAUUAGCGCUGCGCCAGAAGAAGAAAGGACCGCCCCCGCCGCCGCCCAAACGCUGCAGCUCCGCCAUCUCCACCUCCAACUCCAACCUGACGGAAAGCAACGCACAGCCGAACACACUCACCACCACGGGGGGGAUGCUGGAUGUGCCUUACCUCCAGCAGCGGCGGGCCAGCGACCUGGGAGUGUCCGUGGAGACGGUCCCUGUGGAGACGAGCAGUGUGGGCAGCGUGAGGAGCAUCGCCGCCAUGUUGGAGAUGUCUUCCAUAGGAGGUGGACCCAAAGGGAUGGCGCUGCAGAGGAACUUCCUGCAGGUGGGUAAAACACGCGAUGCCAUUGGUCUGGACGGGGAGGUGGUAAACCGGAGGCGCACCAUCAGUGGUCCGGUGUCCGAGCUGGUGGAGGCUGCAAGGCGGGAACAGCCGACCCCCAUUCCUCAGCCGAUACCCUCCGUCCAGCCUGCAUCCUCCCCUCCACCAGUGAACGCCUCGUCCCCCAACCCUCCAACCUCGCCCCACCCUCCAACCUCCCCCCACCCCAGCUCGGGGGGCAGCGGCAGUUCAUCGGAAAACCUGCCGUUUGCAGACGAGGGGAGUCUGACCAUCCGCCGCCAGGGACGAGGAGAAGGAGAAGGACAGUGUGUAUUUUGUGUUUGUCUGCAGGGCGACGGGGAGGGUCCCCCGGGAGAAGUGGGCUUCACCAACGAGGACAUCUCCAGGGUCGAGGCAAACACGACCCUGAAGCGACGACCCCGAAGCUCCAAGCCCCACCCCAACGGCUCCGACUUCACCCUGCAGGAGUCGUCCACCGUCAAGCGACGACCCAAGAGCCGCGACAAGGAACCCGAGGGGUUCGCAGAAAUGGCCGCCAUUGGAGAGCCCAACACCACGCAGCCUGUGCCCUACCAGAACGGCACCGCCACCAUGAAACGCCGUCCGGGGUCGGACUCUGGAGUGACGGAGCAACCUCAACCCCAACCUCCACCUCAACCGCAUCCACAACCACCACCGACUGCUCUUCCCCGCAGAGACAGCAUGGACCAAGGAGCUCCACUGGCUAACGAAGGGGGUCUCGUUAGAAAACCAAAGCCUCCUGUCUCCCCGAAGCCAAUCGUGUCGCAGAUAAAGCGACAAGGAGGACCGCCCACCCCCCCACAGCCAGUCUCCAACAAGAGGGUCCCAUUGCCAGGCCCGGGGACCCCUGGAAGCCCAGUAGAAGGGAAGAAGAUCCCUCCCCCAGUCUCACCUAAACCGACGCCCCCGCCAACGGCCCCCAAGCCGGCCAAACUGAUCCACUCUAUGACCAGCCCCCCCUCCCCGAUCCCCGCUCCAAACCUGGUGAAGCAGCAUGCUGUGGUGUCACGACAAACCAGCUCCCCGCCCUGCUUCCCGCCCGCCAACAUCCCAGGCCCGCCAAAUGCCAAACCUCUGAGCCCUUCCCCCCCGAGCCCUCACACCCCGCAGACCCCCACAACACCACAGACGCCGCAGACCCCGGCCACCCCCAGCCCGACCCCGCCGCCCGUCAAGCCUCCUCGCUCCUCUAUUGGGGGGGUGUCUGUGGACAGCGGGAUGACCGGGGGCGGGGUCACGGCGCCGGCCGCUACGACGCCGGACCUGGGCGUGGACCUGCUGGUGCAUCAGAAGCUGGAGGAGACGAGCGCGUCGCUGGCCGCCGCUCUGCAGAUCGUGGAGGACAAGAUCCUGCGGCAGGAGGACUCCAUGGAAGAGCAGAAGACGACUGUCAGCAUCCUGGACGACAUCGGCAGCAUGUUCGACGACCUCGCCGACCAGCUGGACGCCAUGCUGGAGUAACCGUGGAAACCGACCGCCUGGCAUCUCCACGGCAACGUUGCAUUCCGGACGAGCGACUCAGAAGGCACAAUCUCACUCUCUCUCUUCCUCUCUUCAUCCUCCUCUCUGAUGAUGAUGAUGGUGGUGAUGAUAGUGAUGAUGAUGGAUGAAGAGCGAGACACUUUGAGAGAGAGGGUAGAAAAAAAAGGACCAAAAAAAGGACUGACGUGGAGAGAGUAUUAAAAAAAAAGGAGGAGCCUGCAAUCAAAACGCGGGUGUUUUCCACUCCUGACGGCGAACAAAAACUAACAGUGAUUGAAGCGCCAGCUGUGCGCUGAAUCAUAGUAUGGUAUGUGUACAUUCUAAGCAUGGAGAGUUUAUAUCUACUGAAGAAGUCCUGCAUUAGCACAGUAAUAUAUAACAAGAAUAUAACGAUGAAUAUCAAUCUCUAGCUCUUUGGUUUGAUGUCUGUGUGGAACGGUGACCUCUGGUGUUGUGACCAUGGAAACGGACUCGGAGGAAAGAUUUUUAUCCGUGACCAAAACGAGACUAUUCAGCUCCUGAGGUGUGUGUGACUGUGUGUGUGUGUGUGUGUGUGUGUGUGAGAAGGAUGUGUGCUUGUGAAUUGUUGGAAUUUCAGGAUUCAGUUUCCUGUCCUGGCUGCGAUCAUACCCUCCUCAUUACUACCGCCCCUCAAAAACAAAACACCCACAGGAGAAGCACAACGCAGCCACGGGAGCCCGCACAAUAUAAAUUCAAUAUCUAACCCGAGAGAAACUGCAGCAAGGAGACGGCAGGGUUUCGGGGAUGAGGUUUGGUAAAGUUGGGGAGAAGGAUGUAAGGUGUUAGGAAAGGGAAGAUGGAGGUCAUAGAGAAGGUUGUUUUUAAAGAGGUUGGGUCAGAUGUCAGAUUUUGGGCUCUGUUGCAUCACAAGCUGCAGAGUCACCGCUCAGUUCAAAUCAUUCCUGAUGCCUGCUGUAAGCGUAGCAGGAAAUAAGGGCAACACAACAAGCUUCAGGUAACCGAAUAAGGGAAUAUAUAAUCAUGAAGUCCAAUGACAUUCAUUUUCAAACACUUUCAAGUAAGGAUGGAUUCACUUACAAGGCCACCAGACUACUUUAACCAAGACGCUGAUUUUACCUUCGAUUGGUUCAGAGUCGCCUAAGUCGGGGUGCAGCUUUUUCUCCUCUGAUUAUCUAAUGUAAUCAACCCCCCUCAGACACCUCUUGAAGGGAACCAAACUCCAUUGUCAGAACCAGUAACUUAGUAAGUGUUGGGCAAGUUACUUCCAGAAUGUAAUCCAGUACAUGUUAGUUAUUCCUGCCUUCUUAAAGUGAUAAGGGACAUUACAUCAUCACUGUCUCUGAACUGUGAUGCGUUACUCUACUCUGAGUUACUCUGAGUCACUCUCACCAGAAUAACCUCUAAAGUUUGGCUUUAAAUGCUAACAUGUAGUUUACUGCAGCUCAGUAAUUAAAGCUCUCUAUCUGGCAGUACAUGCUGAACAUUAGGGAAGAGCUAGAGGUUAAACUCCUGCUCCGUUUCAGUGGGCUGCAUAAUAUGUGAUACCGGUACCGUGACGUCUCUGUGUGUCAUUAAUAACAUGUGAGUGGAGCCUCUGCACGGCCCUGUGACCUGCUGGAUAGGAACCAGUCUCUAUGCAGCGUUAGCUCACCUGGUCAUUGGUGUGUUAACGGGGAUUUGGCUGACAAGCUUUCUAAAAGCCGCAGAUUCCACAGAGGACAGAGGCUGCAGAUCUUCAACACUCUGCCACGAGGCUCUGAAGGUCUCGGGGUUCAAGCAGCAGACCCAGAGAGAGAGACCUUCUGUUGCUUCUUGCUUUGGAUGAGAGAACCCCGGUUCUGAUCCUGGCAGGCACCCAAAAUAUGUGAGGUUCCCCUGGACCCGGGACGCAAUCAGUGGAGUCUGGUGGCUCUAUCUCCUGAUUCCUGCUGUUAUCUUAGCAGAAAAUAAUAAGACCAUCAUUUAUUUUCAAACCCUUUUAAGUUGGGAUGCUUUAAUGCAACCAAAAAUCCUCAGUAUUAACAUCCUUAAAGGUACAGCUCUGAUUUCAACCCAACCCUCCCAUCCUUUACAACAUGGAGGACAGAUAACCGUUAAGUUCAGAACCACCAGAGUUGCACAAUAACACGAAACAGCUCCUGUGUUUCAUAAAAAAAAAUGACUGUUUUUGUCAAUGGAGUCUGGUGGCUUGAAAGAGAGUAGAUAUUGUCCUCCAAAAUGUCUGACACUUUCUUUAGUGUCGAUUGGAUCCAUCUCUAAACUGGGUCCAUUCACUGAUCCGUUCAGAUGCUGCAUCCCUAUUAAUUAACCCCUGUAUUCACUCAUAGAUUAAGAUCCAUAAUAUUCCUAAAUCCCUGUGUGGAGUAUUUCAUUAUUAAAUUACAGUGAGCCCUCCUGACAGCUCAUCCAACAAUCAUCCUCUGUUCAUCUCCAUCCCCUUCAUCCCACACCUUCCUAACCACCCACCCGUGCUGCCAUGACAAUCUACAUCCUCACCCUCACCGUCCUCAUCGUCACCAUGGUUACUAAACAGUGUGUUGCCAUGACAUGGGAAAAUAAUUUUUAAAAAAGGUGCUGAUGGAGCGAGAGGCAGCAGAGAUCUGUGAAGGGGGGGCGGUUUGCAUUUAAAGAGGCACUUCCAUAGCUGGAUACUACACUCCCCAUAAUGCAACUCAAGAGUGGUUCAGAGAUGUGGCGGCUAAUGUUGGGCUAUAAAGGAACUACAGCACGGUCACAUGACUUCAGGUCACCACCGCUAAGCUAAAGGUGGCUAAUGUUGGGCUAUAGAGGAACUACAGCACGGUCACAUGACUUCACGUCUCCACCGCUAAGCUAAAGGAGGCUAAUGUUGGGCUAUAAAGGAACUACAGCACGGUCACAUGACUUCACGUAUCCACCGCUAAGCUAAAGGAGGCUAAUGUUGGGUUAUAAAGGAACUACAUCACGGUCACAUGACUUCAGGUCACCACCGCUAAGCUAAAGGAGGCUAAUGUUGGCGUGAUGACGUUAAGUCGUCUCCUUUAGACACUUGUUAACAACCGCUGUUUCUAAAUCCACCAGUGGGGUAUUUACUGAUGUAUUUUAUGUUGAUGCUGACUCAUUUCAGGGUUUUAGGACUCAUUCCUGCACCAGUUCGUAAAGCCCACACACUAUGAGUGCCUCUUUAAAUCCCUAAAACCAGUCUCGCCUCGGUCCACAAAGAAAACCCAGGUUUGGCAGCAGCAGCCACGCUCCCGGUGUGAAAUGAAUUCAGAGAAUAGUUGUGGUAUUUAAAUGAUGAAAAACAUAGAGAUUAUAUAUAUGGAUAUUUGCAACAAAAAAAUAAGAAAUGUAUUUAUGAUGUGUGUGUCAUCCUGAAGAAUAUUUUUCAAAGUAAACGGAUCUAAUCUGAGUGUUUGCUUCUCCAUGCUUAAGUGACUCAUUGUAGGAUACCAUGAUGGGAUGUUUCCAGGAAGCAUUUGUGUUACUUUACCUAUUAUUUUAUUCCUCCUCUGCCUACAUGUGUACGUGGGUGUGGCGAUGUGUAAAAUACAAGCAGUUCUUGUUGUUCUGUUUUAUUAUUUUGUAUUAUUUUAAAUGCAAUGUUCUUUCUUUGAAACAUGUGCCUUGCGUUGUGAUUUUGGUCUGACUACAGUACAGUGGAUGGGUGUUUAUAAAAUAUCAAGAUCUCUCGCUAUGUUUGGUUUGUUGGCUCAUGGUUAAAAAAAAAGAAGGUAUACUGCCCCCCCCCCAAAUCACUGGUCAGAUGGGAUAUUUGAAACAUGAAAACAUCACAUUAAAACAAACACCACCUGCUGCUCUGUUAGUGAAGGAAGCACAUUACUGAAAGCACAUGCAGGAAAAGAGAUCCUGAAGGUCCUCAUUAUGACAAAAGUUCCAGACGUGAUAUCACGACUAUAUACAUCUGUAAAUAAACAUGACUUAGCUUUACAGGACAAUGUUCCCAAAGCGUUUCUGGAAAUAAUGGUGUAAUAUUGCUUAAUAAUGAAACAGCAUUACAAAACGUAACUUGCUGAUGAGGUGAUUAUUUACUUUUACCCAAAAGUGUCUUACAAUAAUGACAUUUUCUGGAAUUAAUGACUUAAUAUUACAAAAGAAUGACUCAGAAACAGAAAAAGGGACUGAUUAGCUCCAAAUAAUUACAUAAAAUGUCAAAAUAACGACCUAGUAUCAAAAUAAUGAUUCAGUAUCUGGAAAUAAUGACUAAAUAUCACAAAUCAAUGGUUAAAUAAAGACUGACAAAUUACAUAUUGUCUCAAAAAAGAUCUUAUUUGAAAAUGUGUUUCUCGGUAUGUUGAGAUAUUAAGUCCUUUCUCAGUAAUUCCUCAUGAUAAUAACCUACUGUAUCUUUUUUAAUUGCAUUGCCAGUGAUGAUCUUCCACAGCUAACUCACAAUCAGUCACACACGAUCUCCUCUCCAUCUGAUUGGACAAUUAGAAAUUAAAUUACUCCAAUAAAACAUCUAAAUUAGACCAGUUUUAAUGUGGAUUUACUAAAGAAAACCUGCCGUUAUUGAACAUUUAUCAGUAAAAUGUCAGCUGGUAAGAUUAAUAUGAUAAUCCGGUCAGAGGUCAAAGGUCAGCUGUAGUUUCCUCUCUUUAUUCCCAACAACACCUCUUUAUAAAGUCACCUUCAACAUUUCCUCUCCUCCUUCUGGUCUCAUUUUGGUCAUCCUUCUUGUGUAGGAGUUUCCUGAAGAGCGAUAAAAAGGUAGAAUGGUUAUAAAAAACAAAGAGGGUCAAAGAAAGUUGUGGAAGAAACGUACUGAUCAUUUUCUGUCCGGACUAAAGAAGCAGCUGUUUUAUUUUCCGCCUGUGCUUAUCAGACUCCCUCAGUGAAUGCUUGAGAGCAGUGUGUGUGUGUGUGUGUGUUAUGUGUCGCUCUGCUAUUGACAGUAUGGAUGUGUGUGUGAGUGAGUGUGUGUGUGUGCUGUAGUGACUGCAUCUUAUGGCCAUCUGCUCUGAAUAAAUAAAUGUUCGAUACAAACUGC